UGAUACACCACCAUGUCCGACCUCCUUCCCUAUCCUCCUCUUGAUCCUACCACCUACGAUCUCAUCAUCGUUGGCACCGGAGUUCCCUCCUCCAUCCUCGCCGCCGGAGCUUCCUCCUCCGGUAGCUCAGUUCUCCACCUCGAUCCCAACCCCUUCUACGGCUCUCACUUCGCCUCCCUCUCUCUCCCCGAUCUCACUUCUUUCCUUAACUCAAACUCCCUCUCUCCUCCGCCCUCCAACACUCAUGACUUCCUCUCCGUGGACCUCGUCAACCGAUCCUUAUACUCCUCCGUCGAGAUCUCCACCUUCGAACCGGAGACACUCCAACAACACUCAAGAACCUUUAACAUCGACUUAUGCGGUCCCAGAGCUGUCUUCUGCGCCGACGAGUCCAUCAACCUCAUGCUGAAGUCAGGAUCAAACAGCUACGUUGAGUUCAAGAGCAUCGACGCAAGCUUCGUCGGUGAUUCUAGCGGAGAGCUGAGGAACGUCCCGGAUUCGAGAGGGGCUAUAUUCAAGGACAAGGGGUUGACUCUCUUGGAGAAGAAUCAGCUCAUGAAGUUCUUCAAGCUUGUUCAGACACACUUGGCUUCUUCCUCAACCGAACACGACGAGACAGCUGUUAAGGUGAUGUCGGAGGAAGACAUGGAGAGUCCUUUUGUAGAGUUCUUGUCAAAGAUGCGUUUGCCACCCAAAAUCAAAUCGAUCAUCUUGUAUGGCAUUGCCAUGCUAGAUCAUGAUCAAGACAAUAUUGAAGAAACCUGUGAACAUGUACUCAAGACCAAAGACGGCAUAGAUAGAUUGGCUCUGUACAUUACAUCUAUUAGCAGAUUUUCAAACGCACAUGGGGCGUUGAUGUACCCAAUGUAUGGACAAGGAGAGCUUCCACAAGCCUUUUGCCGUCGAGCCGCUGUCAAAGGAUGCAUCUAUAUUCUCCGGAUGCCUGUUACUGCUCUGCUUCUAGAUAAGGAAACUGGGGGUUACAAAGGUGUUAGACUCGCUUCUGGUCAAGAGAUAUUCAGCCAAAAGCUGGUUCUGGAUCCGAGUAUAACUGUUGGAGUGGAGUCAUUACCGUCAUUGACAGAUCAACAGAAGGAAACUCUUCGUGUUCUUGUCCCAAAGGCGGUAAGCAGUAAGGGGAAAAUUGCUAGAGGGAUAUGUAUCAUUAGAGGUUCCGUGAAAGCUGAUGUAUCAAACGCUCUUGUCGUAUAUCCACCUAAGACCUUGUUUCCUGAACAGUUAACUGCGGUUCGGGUUCUGCAGCUUGGUAGUGGUUUAGCGGUUUGUCCACCGGACAUGCAUGUUUUAUAUCUUUCAACUGUGUGUGACAACGAUGAUCAAGGCAAAACUGCGCUGUUAUCAGCCAUGAGCACUCUCAUUAGAGAGCAGGCUCCUGAGAAUCUUCAGACUGAUUCAAUAGUUGAGAAUGACACUGCUGUUACAAAACCUGUUGUACUCUGGAGAGCACUGUAUGUGCAAGAGCUUGUCAAGGGUGAAUUUGGAGGUGAAAUCAGUUCCACGUCUAGUCCAGAUGGAAAUUUGAACUAUAAUGAGAUUGUGGAAUCAGCCAUGAAGUUAUAUGAACAACUCGUGGGGAACAAAGAACUAUUUAAAGAAGAAACUGAGAACACAGCGGAGGAAGACGAUGGUGUUGAGAUAGAAGAUUAAUGAAUGAAUACUCAUUUCUUUCAUUGGAUAUAUAUUCAGAAAAUUCACAUCAAACAUUUUUAGCAAAUCUAUAAACAAGUCAAGUUAAUGGUC